GUGGAGCUGAAGAUGAAGUAUAAUGACCAGCACUGUAAAUCCAGGGGUCUGCUGUCAGGCUCCCGCUGGUAUGAGAUCCAGGCCUACAGAGCCCUCAACCAGGCCCUGGGCAGGUACGGCUCUCUUUGUUUGUGUUCCUGUUUGUUUCUCCAUCUUCAACUCAGCCUAUCAGAGGAGGCUUCCUCCUAGCUCACGAAUCAGGCUCAUGAUCAUUAAGCUGAAAAAGUGUUGAUAAUUUUGAAAACCAGGAGGUUACUACCUAAACUUCAAAAUGUUUUUGCUACCACAGGUGUAUCAGACACAAGAAUGACUGGGGAGCCCUCAUUCUGGUAGACGACCGCUUUGGGAACAACCCAAACAAAUACAUAUCAGGUACUAAAAUGAAAGAUCCUAGCUCACAAACAAGCCCUCCAACGUCCCUGUUGUCUGACACAAUGUGUAGUUUGUUAUCUUGGGGACUUGGUGGUGAUGGUAGUCCACAGAGAGGGGGCUUGUGUUGUAGUAGGGGGGCAGCUAGCCUAGCGGUUAGAGCAUUGGGCCAGUAACCCAAAGGUGGCUGGUUCUAAUAUCCGAGCCGACAAAGUGAUAAUAUGUCGAUGUGCCCUGGAGCAAGGCACUUAACCCUAAUUUUAUGCAGUGUCGCCGUACUACUAUGUCUGACCCUGUAAAAACAACAUAUUUCACUGCACCUAUCCAGUGUAUGGAAAUAAAACAUAACAUUGUUUUAACCUAGAGGAUUGGUCUGUUCACAUGCAGAUGCAGCAGAAUUGAGCAAAAUAAAAUGCUCUUAGAAGAAGUGUUAUAAGAAAUGACUGUAAAGAGACUGUAAAUAAUUAGUUUUUAUAUCAUAUUAAUGUAUGUUUUUAAAUGGGUGCAGGUGGUGGAAUGCCCUUCCAUUAACAAGAUUAGUCUCCAUUUACCCCAGGUCUGUCCAAGUGGGUGCGUAACCUGGUCAGGCACCACGACACCUUCAGCGGUGCCAUGCAGUCGCUGGUAGCCUUCUCCCAGUGCCAACAGGGGGCAGGAGAGAUCCAUGGAGCAGGGAGCCAGACCUUCAACAGCACCACUGUCCUGUCUCCAGCCAGUCAAUCUCCAGUGACUGUGGAACAUCUGUCCCACUGUCUGCCCAGUCCUAGCCCCAGCUCAGACAGCCUUCUCUGGGCCACGGUGCACCACACUACCACCUCUCAGGUCCCAGAGCCCCACACCCAGCUACAGGGG